GACCAACGCAUGCUUCGCUAUCGGCUUUCUACAAUACACCUACGCCAUAAGACUUCUUGUGCGCGAAGGCCAAGGCCCCAUACCCUUCUGGAUGCAAACCUUCUACGUCGCUCACGAAUUGACAUUUGUUUAUCUCUUCGCCGAAGCGGCGCCUCGCUACGAUUACCAUUGGUUCUUCGUCUCAACCUCAUUCUCGCUAGCAGUAUGGGCAGUUCUUGAGAUAUUUUGCAUGUGGUAUACCAUACAGAGCCCCAAAGACCGCAUCGCCACCUUUUCGCCUCUCUUCGGAAAACAGCCGGCUACUUCGUCAAUCUUGACGUACACUUUCUUUCUGCAGCUCGCUAUGUUUGCACUGGUCUGGAUAUUGAUCGAGUUCCUGGGCGCUGGUAGCUUCAUGCUCACAGGAGCGCUCACCAAUGUCCUUCUGAUCAUCGGGCCGACACACGAGUACCUGUCUCGUGGGUCACGAAACGGUCUGUCGAUUGGGUUCUGUCUGACUAAUGUGGCUUGUGUCAUAUGGACGUUUGCCCCGUUCAGCUUGGGAGCCGCUGUCUUGCCUGAGAUUUUCGAUCAGCCUAUCAUGUAUGUCGCAGGAAUUAUCUUGCUGGCGUAUUCGGUAUGGUUGACGACUGUGGUCGCGUCUUACCCUCCCAAGACAGCUACGAAGGGACAGCCGACGCCAAUUUGGUAGGAUCUUCACAGAUUUGGAAAGGUCUUCAGUAUGUAAGCCCU